AGGUUGUUGCAUACUCUGGCGCCAACGUCACAGCUAAUGCUCUACUGAGGACCGCCGCCACGUCAACUUUUUGGCUUCCUAAUUUUCUCUUUCAUUAUAACUGUUGGCUUUGUGACAACUAGUCGUCUUCCUCGUUAUCUAGUUGGUCUAGGGUGACCAUGUCCGCCAACGUGAGGGCGAGGAGACCGCCUUCUCCAAUUCCCUCACAACCACCACGGUCACAGAGGUUUCCCACUCUGACGCAUUCCCGCUCGGACGCAGAUGAACGACGAACCCUCGCUUCGAAGGGCUACAUCCCCGGUCGCAAACCUCACCCGUCAGGAGGAGUAUAUGUGACAUCAGCCGAAUGGAAACUACUCAUCCUCAUUACCCUCAUUGCUGUGGGUAUACGUCUAUUCCGUCUUUCGCAGCCCAAUAGUGUCGUCUUUGACGAAGUGCACUUCGGUAAAUUCGCUUCGAAGUACAUCAAGUCGCAAUACUUUGUAGACGUGCAUCCCCCUCUUGCUAAACUUCUGAUCACGUUAGCGGGAUUUGUAUUUGGAUAUGAUGGGAACUUUGACUUCAAAGACAUUGGAAAGGUGUAUGAACGCGUCCCAUACAUUGCAAUGCGACUGGUACCAGCUAUUCUCGGUGUUGCAACUGUUCCUUUAUCCUACCUCACCCUACGUGCCUUGGACUGCCGUGCGACAACCUCUGUCCUAGCAGCGCUCUUCAUCACAUUCGAAAAUGGCUUGAUCACUCAGUCCCGACACAUUCUUUUAGACUCACCUCUCAUUUUCUUCACGGCACUUACGGUAUUCUUUUGGGUUGGAUUCUGCAAUGAAGACAAGCAACAACCUUUUUCGGAUCACUGGUGGCUAUGGUUGACCCUCACUGGACUUUCCUUGGGUGCCGUGGUCAGUUGCAAGUGGGUCGGGCUCUUCACGAUCGCGACGGUUGGAUUCAGCACUGUAUAUCAACUCUGGCUACUCCUCGGCGACAUGCGCGUAUCCGCGCGCCUCUUCUUUCGACACUUCAUGGCGAGAGCAUUGUGUCUCAUUCUCGUGCCAGCUUUGUUCUACAUGUUCAUGUUCUGGAUCCAUUUCGCUAUCCUCUCUGGCUCUGGCGACGGAGACGGGUUUAUGAGCUCUGAAUUUCAACAUACCCUUCGCGGCCGUGGCAUGGCUGAUACAUACGCAGAUGUCGCCAUCGGCUCUGUAGUCACAAUUCGACAUGUUAACACGCAAGGAGGGUACCUUCACUCGCAUCCGCACAACUAUCCAACGGGUAGUCAACAGCAACAGGUUACACUUUACCCCCACAGAGAUUCUAAUAAUGAUUGGCGCAUCUUGAAUGCCACAACGGACGGCUCCGAGCCCCAAGACUGGGCGACCCUCCCUCUGACCUACGUGGCUCCUGGUAUGCGUAUCAAGCUCCGGCAUGCUGCCACCGACAAGGCCCUCCAUUCCCAUGAUUUCCGACCCCCAGUAUCUGACGUUGAUUUCCAAAACGAGGUCUCCGCAUACGGGGUACCGGGUUACUCUGGUGAUAUGAACGAUGACUGGAUAUUUGAGAUCUAUGAAGGGAGCAAGAAGGACCCACAGUCGAAAAGAAGAUUGCGGACCUUGCGGACGCACUUCAGGUUGAGACAUGCGUUGACUGGCUGUUAUCUCUUCUCGCAUAAGGUCAAACUUCCUGACUGGGCUUAUGAGCAACAGGAAGUGACAUGCAACAAGAAUGCUGUCCUGGCCAAUUCUCUGUGGUACGUAGAGACGGCCGAUAAUGUUCUUUUGCCGCCUGACGCUGCCAAGGUAAACUAUCGACGCCCUGGCUUCUUAUCCAAAUUCCUUGAGCUUCAACAAGUAAUGUGGACCACAAAUGCCGGGCUCACAGACCGCCAUACAUUCGAUUCGCGGCCAGAUGCUUGGCCACGAUUACGGCGUGGUAUAAACUUCUGGGUCAAAGAUCACAAGCAAAUUUACUUGCUCGGUAACCCAAUGGUCUGGUGGUUAAGCACAGCUGCCGUCUUCUCGUACAUCGUCGUUCGUGGUUUGUUGAUUCUUCGGGCCAAACGAGGCUGCAAGGACUUCGAGAAUAGUAACAAAAGUAGUGAAGUACGACACGCUCUGCGGGUUCCUCUUCCUCGGAUGGAGCUUGCAUUACUUCCCAUUCUUCCUGAUGAGCCGUCAGCUCUUUCUUCAUCACUACUUUCCCGCUCUAUACUUCGCCAUCCUCCUUUCAUGUGGUGUAUUUGAUCUUGUCACGUCCACAUUAAGACCUCGCAUUCGCUUGCAAAUCGCGGCUGUCCUGGUGAUUAUCGCCAUCUGGAAUUUCAUCUAUCUCAGUCCCCUGGCCUAUGGGCUCCCUUGGACUAAGGCCAAAUGUCAGAAUGCUCGGUGGUUGAAGACGUGGGAUUUCUCAUGCAAUGACUUCUACGACUCCGUUAGUGUUUUUCAGCUCCCAUUGCCUCGUUUACUUUCCGAAACUGACUUACACUUGACAGUACGACCAAUACAAGGGGAUUGAUUACACCCCUCAACCGUCACAAAUUGUCCCAACGCCUCACGGCCGCGGUGCUGUAGUCGUAGAAGGUCCUGUUCCUAUUGUUUCCGUUGACCCCAACACAUUGGGAAAGGCAGAGCCGGGUCACGACGUGUUCGCUGAGAACCCACAUCCGGAUGUGAAGAGCGAUCCUGCAGUUGAGCCCGUGCAAUACGAUCCCGUCGUCUCUGACGUCAAAGAGAUCAGCUCGGUGAUCGAACCAUCGUCUUCACCAGGUGUAGAAUCCUCCUCAUCGCAGUCAGCUGUAGAAUCAGCCUCUGGUGAUUCCGAAGCAGGCACUACCUCUGAAUCGUCUUCGCAGGUCGAAGAAACCACUAUUGCUGCAACACUAGGUGUCCCGCAGGAGGACGAAGCGGAGGCGGAAAAAGUUAGACAAGAGCUGUUCCCAGAUGGACGGCGGUAGGAAAUCUUGACGGCUCAGCUAGUAAUUCACCUCGGACAGUAUAUAUAUCAUAUGUGCUUUGUUGUUGAGGUAUAUCAUAAUGUAUCACUUCGGAGUGCUUGUUUUAUUCUAUCUUCCCCACUUAUGCUCUGGAUUCAUCUUCGUUUAACUGCGUAAACCUUGCACCAUUUCCAUUUGAACGGCCCUAUGAUGUCAGUUCUUCCAGUAUCGAAUCCUAGUAAACAACAUCAACUUCCCUAAAGCCUUACUUAGGUCGAAAGAACAUAUCUGAACAUUCACAUAACUAUCCAACAUCUAUGAUCAUGAGCAUUCACACUUCGCAGAAUGUAUUAUAACAGUGUAUCAUUCAUUACUUUAUAGAGAGCCGGGUUGUACAAGUCAAUAGGUAGACAAACAAGCAACCUGUGCAACACUACA